AUGGGCUUGUUGGAGCGACUGAAUGUCGCCAUAGAAGAUGCACGAGCAAUCAUACUCAGCCCUGGAAAUGGAUGGGACUGGUUGUCCACCACCUACAGACAUAUCAACGCAGGAGGUGCUGUGGAGGAUGGGAAAACAGACGGCAGCUCAGAACGUCCAAAAAUCGCCAGCAGUGUCCUGUCACUGUAUGACGACUUUCAGAUCAUCAAUGGGAUGCCUGUCUUUGUCCUGGGCAACCCUGAGCCCCCCAGCACAGACCCAAACCUCAUCACACACAGGCCCAGUGCUGAGGUCAAGGAGGGCUUCGAUUUCCCCAAGAAGCUGUUGCAGAGUCCAUUUUCCAUCACACAGUGCGUUUUCUCAGAAGAUGGCACCCACCUUGUCACUGGGAACGCUGGUGGUGGGGUGCGUGUUUGGGACACAGAGCAUGGCAAGCUGAUUGCCCGCACUUAUGGCUACCAUCGUUCUGCAGUUGCUGCUGCCACCUUUCGAGGAGGCCGCAACUCGGUGCUGACCUGUGACCGAUCUGGCAGACUGGCAGAAUGGGAUGUGAGCUCUGGGAAGCCACCAAAAGUGCAUGAUGUGGGUGGUGACUGGGAGCUGGGGCUCUUCGAUGAGGAUGGCGUCACCCCCCUGUUUUCGCCUGGUGGGGAACUGCUAGCAAUCGCUUUGCCAACAGUGGCAGAGACAUUUUUCGUGCUUGCUGAUGAACUCAAGAAAUGGAACCCUGAGUUGGCAGCUGCACGGAGCACAACACAGCACACUGGCAGCAUUGUCAGGGCAGGCUUUUUGGAAGUGUUCGACACAGUCCAAGUGUGUGAUGGCUCAACAGCCGGGCUGAAGCUCCAGAUCGCCUGGAAGCACAAUCAGAUCUAUGAGAAUGCUGGACUUCAGUGGUCACCAGAUGGGAAACGCCUGCUUUGUGGCUUCAUUUCCUCCUACUCUCAUGGGUUUGUGGUCCUGUGGCCAGACAUUAAGGUGGCCGCUCACAGGAGCUUCUCGCUGUGGGGUUCCUCUGGGGCCUUUUCCAGUGACGGCAAUUUGCUGAUCACCUGGGACCCUGUUGUGGAGACGCAGUACAGCAACAGCCACAAACACGAGUGCAAGGUGUGGGACAUAUCCAAGCUGAGGUCACUGCCUGGCAACGAGUGCUGGCCUGAGCAGCAUGCUGUGCAUCCACGAUUCCAUGUGCCCCGCGACGGAGUUCCUGGGAUUGAUGGGCCCUUAACUCUCAGGCACGAGCCAGGAGAGCGCGUGCUGUGGUCCAACUUCCUGUGGGAGUGUAAGAGUUGCCAGGCUGCAACUUGCGUGAUGACCUCAGGCGUGAACAAGACAUUGAAGGUCACAAUUUGGGACGUACCGACACAGACGCCGAUUCAUGUCCUGGAUGCUGGGAAGAACAGGCUUGGGCUGGAUAGGAACAUGCACCUGGUACAAUGGGCAAAAGACCUUAUUUCCGGGGCCAGCACCAUUGCAGUUUCAAAGGGCGGCAAGAACAGAGUGGCACUGUACAUGGCAACCAAGAAUGAAGGGUACAUAUGGGAUGCUGUGUACGGUGUUGUGGCAUUGAAGUUCCAGCUGCCUGAGGACGUCGAUGCGGGUGGCACCCCCUCCUUCAGGCUCAACUUCAGUCAAGACGGGCGGAAGUUUCUGAUGUGUGGUGGCGACAAAGUCCUGGUGUGGAACAUCUGCGACCCUGAGGAGGGGUCGAAUGCAGACCUUGUGGAGACCAAUAUUCAGACGUCGAAUACUCUUGUGGACGGGAUGUUCUCCAGCGAUGGCAACAAGAUCGGUGUGCUGCAGGAGGACCGCGAGACCAUCUUCAUCUGGGACUGCUGUGCCUCUGCGCUGCAUGAGGUGUCUGUGGCGCAGGAAGAUUCGUCAUCAAUUCGAUCCCGCCGGUUUUCCAGGUUCAACUUUUCGGAGGAUGGGGAGAGGGUCGUGGCCUGCGUCCAGGAGGGAGAUAUUUUCCUCUGGGUCAUGGGCAGCCAAGUUAGCUUUUGCAAUCUGAAGAAGAGGGAAAGGGAGGACAGCAUGCCGCAGUUGGCGCCUGUUGUGUCAUGCAGGCGAUAUGCCAGGGUUGGUGCGAUGUACUCAAAUCCAUCCAGGGCCACAUCUGAAGACCCUUGCCAUGCGAUCUGCUUUUCGCAGGAUGAGCACGGGCAAGACGUUGUUGUGGCCUUCAGAGAGGACAGUGUUUUGAAAUGGUAUGGCACGCGGUCAGGGGGUCAAGACAAAGUCAUCUUCAGAGUGAGGGGGGAGCCAGGUACAACCUGCGUGUUCUCCCAUCGGGGCACCCGUGCUCUGUUGUUCGAUGGGUCAACGGCCACAAGAGUUCACGUCUGGGACUUGGUUCACAGGCAGAAACUGCGCACUAUGGAGUACCAAAUCAACUUGAACAGCACGCACGGAUUUCCAACCAACGUUUCUCCGGAUGGGAACUUCGCUGUCGUGGGGAUGAACGUUGCUGAGGGCGCUUUCAGCUCUGUGGUGUGCUACCCUAACACACCUCUGCAGGACAUGGAGAUUAACUAUGCUGCCAUGAACACGUUGGUGUCUGAAAAUGGAAACUGGAUCGUGUCAGAUGAGCCUGUGGAGGCCAGCAACGUGGUUGGAGACCAGCCUCCUGCAAGGUUUCCAUCCAUGGGUACAAUCACACGAAAUCGUGUGUGGGUUUCAAGCGUUGCUGCAGGCCAGCGGCCAAAGCGGCUGCUGGGCAACUACCUGAGCCCGGAGAAUUUCUUGCUGGCGUCGCACGACGGCAGGAAGGUGGCAUGCGCUUCAGCAAAGAACAAGAUCAUGAUCUGGACGGCCGAGGCCGUCGAGGGGGGCUUGCCAGACUACCACAUGCUGAAAAUCAUGAACCCGUCGACCGACCCUGCCACCAUGAACAACAACCUCAAGAUGCUUCUUGAUCAGUUUGGGCCUGCGCUAUUCAACUACCCCACCCUCGACGGCCUGUCGAUCUUUCUCGCGGCGAUAAUGGACGAGAACGCGGAAAUGGUGAAGACCAUGAUCGAGUGGGCGCUCACCGAGAAGGUGAAGGUCUCGCUCUUCACACUGGAGGCCAACCGCCACAGGAAGACCAACGGACUGCAGAUCGCGAUCGACAAGCGCUCGCCCGAGCUCACGCGCGCCCUGUUGGAAGCACUGCUGGCCGGCCUGACCACACAGACCGUCCUGACCGCCGUCUUCGAGGAGUCGCUGCUCAACCUGGGCAAGGUCUACCCCGCGCUCCUGACAGAGGUGAUCAGCGACGAGCGGAUGCUCCAGAUGAUAGGGGAGACGCACAGCGCGGAGGACGCCUUCGGGGAGACGUUCUUCCUCACCGGCACCAGCGACAAGUACUGGCCCGCCACCCACACCCUCGGCGACCUGUGGGAGGAACUCAAGCCCGAGACGAAGACCACUGGUGGCGUGCAGCUGACUGCCGACGCCAAGGUCAUUCCGUACCCGGACAUCGCCCAGAUCGGCAUGGAUGGGAUCCUGAGGCCUUUGCUGCUGGAGGGCAUGCCCAAGAAGAUUUUCUCAUCCAAGACCAUGAUGUCAGUCAUCGACUACAAGUGGAAGACCUACGCACGGGAGCUGAUGUUGGAGGAGAUCGUCCACUACGUCUUCAUGCUGUUGUUCUUCACGGCCUACACCAUCGCGGUGGGUCUCAGGAAGCAGGAGUUCGAUGAUGCCCAUGAUGCGGUGAAGGGCGACCGCGGGGUGCAGAGCUUGGUUUUCUUAAUUUUGACCACGAUUCUGGCGGCAAUGAACUUUGUUCGAGAGAUCAAGCAGAUCCUGACAUACCUGAAAGAAUUUCCAAAGACACGGUACGAGGGAAUGCGGGUGUGGGUGUCGUCCAAAUGGAAUGUGAUGGAGCUCAUGUCCUACAUCUUCCUCGUUCUAGUCAUCCCAGUGCUGCACUUCACGGCCACAGGCAAGCUCAAUCAGCUGCAGUCAGUUGCAGUUGGGAUGGCAACGAUUCUGGUGUGGUGGAAAGUGCUGUACUACUUCCUGGCGUUCAGACCCACCGGACCCCUCGUUAUCAUGAUUUUCGAGAUCGUCAGGGACAUCGUGUUUUUCUUGAUCGUCUCCUUGGGCUUGCUCUUUGGGUUCGGCAUGGCGUUCUUCGUCCUCUUCCGUCAUGACGUGCUGGAUGCCGAAGAAAAGCGCAUGAACAGCAUGGACAGCAUGGGCGGCGGUGAGGACGACAACUUCUAUCUGACUCAUUUCAGGACUGUGGAUCGCUCGAUGUUCGCAGUGUUUGGGAUGAUGCUUGGGGACUUUGACCUGCCCGCGUUCUACGAAGCAGAACUGGCGCCCUGGGCCCUCACCUUGUUCGUGCUCUACAUGGUGUCCAUGAUGAUCAUCCUGCUCAACUUGCUCAUCGCCAUAAUGUCAGACACCUUCGAUAGAGUGAAGGAUGUCGAAGACAUUGCUUUCCUUCAUGCAAGGGCAAGUGUGAUUGAUGAUGCAGAGAGCAUGUUGUCAGAGGGGAAAAAGAAUCAACUGAGGUGA